GGCUACUAGCAAAGGCAUGCUGAGCUGUGAUUGGUGAGCAUGAACGUGACGUCAGCCAGCUUCCUGAAGGAGGCUGGCUAGCGAUUGGUAGACGUGAACGUGACGUCAUCACCAGUAGGCGGGGUUUCAUGAGAAGAAUCGGAGAGUUGAGAUACCAAUGGGAUGGGAUGUGGGUAGGGAUUGGUUGGGGGCCAUUGUCCCCCCUCCCACGGAGAGGGGUCAAGGCCCCCCCCCCGUCUCAGGAAAGGAUCGUGGGUAGGGUUGAAUACUCUCCAUCAGUGUGCACUAGGAUUUAGUGAUGAGUGUUCUUUCGUGUAUCUAGACUCACCUGUACCAGACUCACUCUUGAAUACACAGAUGUGAUGGCGAGACCUCUAGUUGCUGUAGUCGCGAUAGUCGCGGUGGCGACGACGGCCGCAAGCAGCAUGGACGACACCAUCCAGUCGCUAUUAGCGAUGUCGCCUAAGGGCGAAAUGGGCAGGUUUUUCCUGAACUACGACCACACCUACUCCUUCAACACCACGGUCCCGGUGACCAUGCCCCUGCUCUCUUUCACCCUGCCCGGCGCGGGCGACUUCUCCACCACAGGGGCCACCACAAGCUCCUACAGCGCCCUGGGCUACAUUAUAUUCUUCCUGUUGGGGGGCUUUGUGUUCAGCCUCUACACCACCGCCCCGGGGGCCGCCGGCAGGGAGAACACUGAUGGAGAUGCGCUUCAGGAGCUCCAGUUAGUUAGGCUGGUGCUGGAGACGGUCUGGAACCUUCCGGAAGUGCUCAACUGCAGGAGUUGCGCCAAGCAAGCCGUCUGUAAGGCGUAUGCUGAUCCACAAGACUAUGGUUUCCUGGCCUCGGCUCUCAGAUUCCUUGUGGCGUACACGCCCGACACACCUGAAGAGGAGCUGACAGAGUUCCAGAAGGCAGCGAAGUACGGGGAGGAGAGCGCUGACUGUCACUACAAGUUCCACUGCCUGGUCCAUCCCCUCGACCUCCUCCUCUACAUCUACGACUACUGGUUCACUGACGAGUAGGUCCACCACAGACGCAGCCCGUGCGGUGUGGGUGGGCAGCAGAAGGGACCCUAUUUACACAUGCAGCAGAAGGGAUCCUAUUUACACUGGUAGCAGAAGGGACCCUAUUUCGACAUCCAGCAGAAGGGAUCCUAUUUACACCCCAAGUCCCUCCUGUAGCCAGCAGGAGGGACCCCCAAUAUACUAUUCUCCCACGUGGUCAGACACAGUGACGCUUCUACCAAUUGGCAUUAUAUAGUGUUGUUGCAACCAGAUGAGUUGAUAUGGUGCAGAGACGCGAUAGUGAUGAAUCCUUAUGGUAUCAUUGUUACAGUGUUGCGGCAAGGGUGUGGUGCUUACAGUGAUUUAGAAUGAUUAAAGAUGAGUGAAACAUAAAGUGAUCAUGCGAGAAGUGCCACAGAAUUUUGAAGUGUGAAUUUUUGAUGUUCCAGUUUAAAAAAGUUUAAUUAUUAGUCCAAAUAAUAUUUUUUUACGGGUAUAUUUUGAUAUAUAGUAGCUACAAUGAAUAUGACCUUCCUACCUUGUGUCUACCUAGUGAAAGGGUUCCGGGAAUCAAUGGCCCUUAUGCUUCUAACAUUGUCAUCAUACCACUUCUUAUAGAACUAUUAUAAUGCUGUUAUAGUGUGGAUAUCGCGUCCACCGGUAUGUGUAAUUUGAAAAGGUGAUAUCACAGCAUCCAAAGGUUUUUAUAUACAUGUUUUGUGUUAAUGAUUAUCAAUAUUUAACGCGAUUCGAGGGGGGAAAGAUGUUAUUUAUUGUAGACUUUAUGACGGGUUAUUUUUCCUCGAUUUGUGAUUGAGUGUUUUUUCAUUCAUUGCAAAUUUUGUGUUUUCCUAAAGACUUUCCUCCAAAAUGUCAAUAACUUUAUGCCAAAAACUGUAAGCUAGAUGUAGAUUGCUGUACACCCAGAUUUUAUUGUAAUGGUUUGUAUAUGUGGUUGAGAAUAAAGUUUUAAAUCUGA